AUGAAAAGUGCUAACAUUAAAGAAUCGCAAGGGCUGGAUAAUUUAAAUGAAAAUGGACAUAACGAUAGUAAUUACAUAAAUGAAGAUGGUUUUGUAGGAAAUGGGAAUUAUAAUGAAUAUGGAAUAGAAGGAAUAAAAAAAAAUGAAAACAUAAUACACACUGGUAAUAAUGAAAAAGGAUAUGUAAAUAUCGAAGGGGAUGAAAAAUUAUGUAUAAAUAAAAAUAAUUUAUUUCAUGAGAUAAAUUUAUUAAUAAAAAAAAGACUAAAAAUUAAUGAUAUUAUUAAAUUAAAUUUAUUUUAUAAAGACAAUUGUACAAAAAUAAAACCAUAUACAAUAUUUGAUAAUUAUAAAAAUGUAAAUAUGGAAAGUAAAAUAAAUAUAGAAAUUGUAAAUUUUAUAAAAAACUGUUUUAAAAAUAAUACUCGAUUUAUUGGCAUUUAUAGUAGUGUUGUAGAAUUUCGUGGAAAUUUUAAUGACGAACUAAUAAAUUUGCCUAUAAUUAAUCAGAUUAUUUUACAAAAAAUAAAUAACAAUAGUUAUAAAUGUAAUUUUAAUAUAGACAACUCUGUUCUUAAUUAUAUAUAUGUAGACCUUUUGAAAAUAAAUAAAAGUAAAUCUAAAUUUAAAAUACUGAAAAAGAUAUAUGAAAUAGAGGAAUGGUAUUAUUAUCCCGAUGAGAAAAAUGAAAAUAGUAAAAAAUCGACGAAAAAAAAAAAAGAAAGUGAAGAAGAGAAAAGUGAAAACGAAGAUACAACAUCAAGUGAUGAUUAUGAAAGUGAUUCUCUUAUAAAUUUAUAUAAUGAAGAGAAAAAAAAAAUUGAACAAGAUGAACAAAAAUUACUAAAUAUGAAUGACCCAAAUGAUAGUAAAAAAAAAAAAAAAAAAAAAAAAAUUGAUAAAGACAAGUUAUAUAUUCAAAAAUUAAAAAAAUUAGUAGAAGAAGAUACUGAUGAAGAAUCCAUUGCAUCAUCAGCAAAUGAAAGUUCGAGUAACUUAGACGAUUUAUUAUAUAGUAAUAAAAAUCAUAUUUUAUAUAAAAGAAAAAUAUUAUAUACUAAAGAUGAUAAUGAUGAUAGUAAAACAGUUAUCAAAAUAUAUAAAGAAACAAAUAAUGAAAUGAUAUGUGUUUAUUAUCCAAAUAGUUCAUAUAAUCAAUGUAUAACUUUAAGUACUUUGAAGCAGGUACAAUGUAAUAGUAUAGAUGAUAAUGAAGUUUCUGAUAAAAAUAUAUAUGAUAUUUAUGUACGCGAUUCGAAAAAAAAUUUAACACAAAAUACAAAAGAUAAUAUUUUAGAUUGUUUAAAUGCUUUAAACGAGGAAAAUGUUAAAGUAAAAAAAAGAUAUAUCAAAGAUAUUUCUAUAUAUAAUUUUUGUAGUGAUGAUAAGUAUAAAGGUUGUAAUCUAUAUUUACACAUAUCAAAAAAUAAAAAAUGUAAAAAUGUAAAAAUUGAUUAUAAUAUUGAUUAUACACAUUUUGAUAAUAAUUACGAUAUAAUUAAAAUGUACGAAAUAAAGGAAAGUACUAAUACCUCAAAUAACGAGAAUGAAGAAAAUGAUGUAAAAGAUGAAAAUAAAAAAAUGCCUAUUGGCACAUUAUUUGAUAUUGACAAGGACUGGAAAGUCAAUAUUGAUAUGCAUAUGGAUAUAGAGAAAGCAAUAAAUGAGUUUAAAAAAAAAAUAAAAAACAAAACGGAUGAUGAAAUAUUUAAUGAAGAUAAUUACAACGAAGGGGACCAUCAUGAAACAAACAAGUUAGACUAUUUAAUUUACAAUUUUUACAAAAAUUUUGAAUGUUUAAUUAAUUUAAUAAAUAAAUUAAAAAAUAGUUCAAUAAAAUAUGAUUAUUUUUAUCCUAAAAUGAUAGGAGAUGUAAAUGAAGAAAUUCGAAAACAUUAUGAUAAAAAAAAAGUAAUUUUAUUAAAAAAAUCAAAUAUUAAAUAUAUUCGAAUAUUUAAUAAUGAAGUAAAAAGAAUAAUGAUAUUGUUUUUUGUUUCUUAUAAUUCAAAAAUAUUAGAUCUUGCAUGUGGGCAUGGACAAGAUAUGCUUAAAUAUAAUUCAGUGAAAAAUAAAAUAUAUAUUGGAUUAGAUAUUUCAAAAAAAGAAAUUGAACUAGCUAAAGAACGAUUAAAUCAAAAUGGUAUUAAAGGUUUAUGUAAUAAUGAUAGUUUUAUUUUUUUACAAGGAGAUAUAUUAAAUAAUAAAUUUUAUAGAAAAUGGAAAAGUAAAAACAUUACUUUUGAUAUUAUAUCAAUUAAUUUAGCAAUGCAUUAUAUAAUAUAUAAUGAAAAAGUGUCUAAAAAGUUUUUUAAAAUUUUAGACAAUUUUUUAGAAAAUGAAGGAUUAUUGUUGGCAACAACAAUUUCGACUAUCACUUUAACCGAUUUUUUGAUGAACCGAUCCGUUUUGGCUGUUUCCAAUGACACGAUUUCCAUAAAGCUAGAGAAUGAUCUAUUCACUAUAAAAUUUGAUCAAGAAAAUUUGUUGAAAAUUUUCAAAAGCAAAAACUGUUUAGACGAUUUUAUAGAAUAUGUUAAUAAUGCAGAGUCAGAUAAUAAAACAAAAUAUGAAUAUUUUUAUAAUAUAAUAAAAAAUUCAUUAGAAAAUACAGUAGGAAUAAAAUAUUACUUUUAUUUAUAUGAUACAAUAGAUGCUAAUGAAUUUGUUAUACCUCAAAAUUAUUUAAAGAAAAAACUUCAAGAAAUAAAUAUGGUUGAACUUUUUAAUAAUACAGCUAUUAUGUUUCUUCAUUAUAUAACUAAUAAUUUAGAAACUUAUGAAAAAUAUAAAAAUAUCAAAUUUUUUAAUUUAAUUAAUAAAACUAUUGAUCACAAUAUUUUCGAAAAUAUUAAAUUAAGAAUUAACAAAAUUCAUGGUUAUGAUAAAGACUCACAAAUAUAUUAUGAUAUAUGUUCUUUAUAUCAUGUUUAUGUUUACAAAAAAAAUUUCGAUGCAUCCAUAUUGGGAAUUAUGUAG